CGCCUUCAAGAUUUCUUCGUCCACAGUCAAACUGGGCAAAAGGCGCUUGUCCGGCGAGGCCGAGGCCAGUCCGUCCAAGAAAGCUAUGACUGUGAGAGAAGAGGACACUGCUGGCACGAGAGAGCAGACAUGCUGACACUGUGGCAGGACACCAAGAUGGAUGUCGACAGCCCUGCAGCUGCCGUUGAGCAGCUCAAGGAGGCAAACGGAGAGAUUGACGAAUCACUAUACAGCAGACAGCUCUACGUGCUGGGCCACGAGGCCAUGAAGCGCAUGGGCUCAUCCAACAUCCUCAUCGUUGGUAUGCGCGGUCUCGGUGUCGAGAUUGCAAAGAACAUUGCGCUUGCAGGUGUCAAGAGCUUGACCCUGUACGACCCCAAGCCCGCUCAGAUCCAGGACCUGUCAUCACAGUUCUUCCUCCACCCCGAAGACGUCGGAAAGCCGCGCGCCGCAGUCACAGUUCCUCGCGUCUCGGAACUCAACCCUUACACUCCUGUAAACCUCCUCAAAUCGAACUCCAUCACCGACGACCUCAGCCAGCUCAAGGACUUCCAAUGCGUCGUCCUCACCGACACCCCCCUCAAGGACCAGCUCCUCAUCUCAGAUUACUGCCACCAGAACGCCAUCUACCUCGUCGUGGCCGACACCUUCGGUCUCUUCGGAACCAUCUUCACCGACUUUGGCAAGAACUUCACAAUCGGCGACUACAACGGUGAGAACCCCGUCAGCGGCAUCAUCGCCAACAUCGACUCGGAGGGUAUCGUCUCCGCUCUGGACGAGACAAGACACGGUCUGGAAGAUGGCGACUUUGUGACCUUCUCCGAAGUCCAGGGCAUGGAUGCUCUGAACGACUCUGCACCCCGCAAGAUCACCGUCAAUGGUCCCUACACCUUCUCCAUUGGAGACGUCUCUGGUCUUGGUGACUACAAGCGUGGAGGUCUCUACACCCAGGUCAAGAUGCCCAAGUUCCUCAACUUCGAACCUCUGAGCCAGCAGUUGAAGAAGCCCGAGCUUAUGAUGUCCGACUUUGCCAAGUUUGACCGCCCCAAUCAGCUUCACGUUGGCUUCCAGGCCCUUCACGCCUUCAACGACAAGCACGGACACUUCCCUAAGCCUCACAACGAACAGGACGCCGACGAGAUCACUAAGCUCGCACAAGACCUGGCAGGCUCUGGAGAGGAGAAGGUCGAGUUGGACGAGAAGGUCAUUCGUGAAUUGGCAUACCAGGCUCAGGGUGAUCUCAGUCCCAUGGCCGCUUUCUUUGGUGGUCUUGCUGCACAAGAGGUUCUCAAGUCCGUCUCUGGAAAGUUUCACCCUAUUGUUCAGUGGCUCUAUUUUGAUGCUUUGGAAGCUGUUCCUACCUCUGUCAAGCGUUCUGAAGAGCUUUGCAAGCCCACCGGUACCCGUUACGACGGUCAAGUCGCCGUCUUCGGUAAGGAGUUCCAGGAGAAGCUUGCCAACAACCAGCAGUUCUUGGUUGGUGCUGGAGCCAUUGGUUGCGAGAUGCUGAAGAACUGGGCCAUGGUUGGUCUUGCAACUGGUCCCAAGGGCAAAAUUACCGUCACAGAUAUGGACCAGAUCGAGCGCAGCAACUUGAACAGACAGUUCCUCUUCAGAUCCAAGGAUGUUGGUCAACUCAAGAGCGAGUCUGCUACCAGAGCCGUUCAAGCCAUGAACCCCGACCUGAAGGGUAAGAUCGAAUCCAUGAAGGAUCGUGUCGGUCAGGAUACCGAGCAUCUUUUCAACGAGGACUUCUGGAACAGCCUUGACGGUGUCACAAACGCACUUGACAACGUCGAUGCUCGUACCUAUGUUGACCGCAGGUGUGUCUUCUUCCAAAAGCCUCUGCUGGACAGCGGCACUCUCGGUACCAAGGGCAACACCCAGGUCGUUCUUCCCAGAAUCACCGAGUCAUACUCAAGCUCGCAAGACCCGCCCGAGCAGUCUUUCCCCAUGUGCACUCUUCGCAGUUUCCCCAACCGCAUUGAGCACACCAUCGCCUGGGCCAAGGACCUCUUCCACACCUAUUUCGCUGGACCUGCUGAGAUUGUCAACGCAUACAUCACUCAACCCGACUACCUCGGUGCUGCUCUCAAGCAAUCUGGCAACGAAAAGCAGACUCUCGAGACUUUGAAGGAGUUCCUAGUCACUGACAAGCCCGAAACCUACGAGGAUUGCAUCAAGUGGGCCAGGUCGCAAUUCGAGAAGCAGUACAACAAUGCUAUUCAGCAGCUCCUGUACAACUUCCCCAAGGAUUCCAAGACCUCAAGCGGUCAGGACUUCUGGUCUGGUCCCAAGCGUGCUCCCGACCCGUUGAAGUACGAUUCAAACAACGACUCCCACUUCACCUUCGUCCUUGCCGCUGCUAACCUUCACGCCUUCAACUAUGGCAUUCCUCAGAAGAGCACCAAGGACAAGGCUGAGAUUGAUGAGCUUGUUAACAACAUCAUCAUCGAAGACUUCAAGCCCGACCCUGGUGUCAAGAUCCAGGCCAGCGAGAACGAGCCCGACCCGAAUGGUCCUGCAGCAUCGAUGGACGACAACGAUGAACUCGACCAGAUCGCAAAGUCGCUGCCUUCGCCCAAGAGCUUGGGUAACUUCAAGCUGACUCCUGUCGAAUUCGAGAAGGACGAUGAUUCCAACUUCCACAUUGAUUUCAUCACCGCUGCCAGCAACUUGCGUGCAGACAACUACAAGAUUGUCAAUGCCGAUCGUCUCAAGACCAAGUUCAUUGCAGGAAAGAUCAUUCCUGCCAUUGCAACUACUACUGCUCUGGUCACUGGUCUUGUGGUCCUUGAGCUGUUCAAGAUCAUCGACGGCAAGGACGACAUCGAACAAUACAAGAAUGGCUUCAUCAACUUGGCCCUGCCAUUCUUCGGAUUCUCCGAGCCCAUCGCUUCGCCCAAGGGCAAGUACCAAGGCAAGAACGGCGAGGUCGUUAUUGACAAGCUCUGGGACCGCUUCGAUACUGAGGACGUCACUCUGGAACAGUUCUUGAAGGACUUCUCUGACAAGGGUCUUGAAGUCACGAUGAUCAGUUCCGGAGUCAGCUUGCUAUAUGCUAGCUUCUAUCCUGCAGCCAAGAACAAGGACAGGUUGCCUCUUAAGUUGAGCGAACUUGUAGAGACCAUCAGCAAGAAGCCCAUUCCUGAGCACCAGAAGCAAGUGAUCUUCGAGAUUACUGCUGAGGACACUACGGAGGAGGAUGUUGAAAUACCGUACGUCAGACUCAAUCUCAGAAAGUAGUGCUUUCGUAGUGAGGGCGCCAAAAGAACUCAUCACGAGGCGUUUGUGAUGGUAUAGAUUUGGGUGCGGGCAAAAUGGCUUGGCAUCGAGUAGUACAACUCCCAGCACAUAGCAACGACAACUUAUGUCUCAACGAUACACUAAGUAACCUAGAUUCCAUUGGCGUGUCUGACUGUGCCGUGGAUGGAUCGUGGAUGUGCUUCCGAUGGUGACAGAAAGAAAGGAGGCCAAAUUGAACGGAUCACGUGAUUCACAUUGUACCAUCCGCAUCGAGCACAAGGAAUCCGGCACCUGCUCUACGCUGGCCUUGCUCUUCAAACGUAUACUCCAUUGCUAGAAUACCAUACAGGCUACGAUCCAUCAUGUCCCUUGCGAGACUCUGGAUUGUUGGGUUGUUGUAC